AUGAGGCUGUUUGUGAGCCCGGGGGCGCCGGGGAGCUUGCCCGUGCUGGUCGCGGCCAGCAGGGCCCGGGGCAGAGCAGAACUGUUCAUCAGCACUGUCGACCCUGAAGAGCGUGUGGUCCCGUUCCUGACCAGGCCUCGGGUUCCUGUCUUGCAGCUGGAUAGUGGCAACUACCUCUUCUCCACCAGUGCGAUCUGCCGAUAUUUCUUUCUGUUAUCUGGCUGGGAACAAGAUGACCUCACCGACCAGUGGCUGGAAUGGGAAGCGGUGGAGCUGCAGCCAGCUUUGUCUGCUGCCCUGCACUAUUUAGUGGUUCAAGGGAAGAAGGGAGAAGAUGUUCUUGGCCUCAUGCGGAGAGCCUUGACUCACAUUGACCACAGCUUGAGUCGACAGAGCUGUCCUUUUCUGACUGGGGAGGCAGAAUCGCUAGCUGACAUUGUUUUAUGGGGAGCGCUGUACCCCUUACUCCAAGACCCCGCCUACCUUCCUGAGGAGCUGGGUGCCUUGCGCAGCUGGUUCCAGGCAUUGAGCACCCAGGAACCUUGUCAGCGAGCUGCAGAGACUGUGCUGAAGCAGCAGGGUGCCCUGGCCCUCCGGCCCUACCUGCAGAAGCAGCCCCUGCCCAAGCCGCUUCAGGACGGUGCUGUCAGCAAUGAGCCUGAGGAGGAGGAACUGGCUACCCUGUCUGAGGAGGAGAUUGCUGCAGCUGUCACUGCGUGGGAGAAGGGCUUGGAAAGCUUGCCCCCACUGCGGCCCCAGGAAAAACCAGUGUUGCCUGUGGCGGGAGAGAAGAACGUGCUCAUCACCAGCGCCCUUCCUUACGUCAACAACGUCCCGCAUCUGGGGAACAUCAUUGGUUGUGUGCUCAGUGCUGAUGUCUUUGCCAGGUACUCACGCCUCCGCCAGUGGAACACGCUCUACCUGUGUGGGACAGAUGAGUAUGGGACAGCGACAGAGACCAAGGCGAUGGAGGAGGGCCUAACCCCCCAAGAGAUCUGUGACAAGUACCAUGCCAUCCAUGCAAACAUCUACCGCUGGUUCAACAUCUCCUUUGAUAUUUUUGGUCGCACCACUACUCCACAGCAAACCAAAAUCACCCAGGACAUCUUCCAGCGGCUGUGGGCUCGAGGUUUCGUGCUACAAGAUACUGUGGAGCAACUGCGAUGUGAACGCUGUGCCCGCUUUCUGGCUGACCGCUUUGUGGAGGGGGUCUGUCCUUUCUGUGGCUAUGAGGAGGCCCGUGGUGACCAGUGUGACAAGUGUGGGAAGCUCAUCAAUGCCAUUGAGCUCAAGAAGCCUCAGUGUAAAGUUUGUCGAUCGUGUCCUGUGGUGAGAACCUCCCAACACCUGUUCCUGGACUUGCCUAAGCUAGAAAGCCGACUGGAGAAGUGGUUGGGGAAGGUGCUGCCUGGCAGCGACUGGACCCCCAACGCCCGGUUCAUCAUUCGGUCCUGGCUUCGGGAUGGCCUCAAGCCACGCUGCAUAACACGGGACCUCAAAUGGGGAACCCCUGUCCCCUUAAAAGGAUUCGAGGAUAAGGUGUUCUACGUCUGGUUUGAUGCCACUAUUGGCUACCUGUCCAUCACAGCCAACUACACAGACCAGUGGGAAAGAUGGUGGAAGAACCCAGAGCAGGUGGACCUGUAUCAGUUCAUGGCCAAAGAUAAUGUUCCCUUCCACGGCUUAGUCUUUCCUUGCUCAGCUCUAGGAACUGAUGAGAACUACACCUUGGUCAGCCACCUAAUUGCGACAGAGUACCUGAACUACGAGGAUGGGAAAUUCUCCAAGAGCCGGGGUGUGGGCGUGUUUGGAGACAUGGCCCAGGACACAGGAAUCCCUGCCGACAUUUGGCGCUUCUACCUGCUUUACAUACGGCCCGAAGGCCAGGACAGUGCUUUCUCCUGGACAGACAUGCUACUCAAGAAUAAUUCUGAGCUGCUUAACAACCUGGGCAACUUCAUCAACAGAGCUGGCAUGUUUGUGUCGAAGUUUUUUGGGGGCGCUGUGCCAGAGAUGGUGCUUACCUCAGAUGAUCGGCGCCUGGUGGCCCACAUCACUCUGGAGGUCCGGCACUAUCACCAGCUUCUGGAGAAGGCGAGGAUUCGGGAUGCCUUACGCAGCAUCCUCACCAUAUCUCGCCAUGGCAACCAGUACAUUCAGGUGAAUGAGCCCUGGAAGCGGAUCAAAGGCAACGAGGCUGACCGGCAACGGGCAGGCACAGUGACAGGCUUGGCAGUAAACAUAGCUGCCUUGCUGUCCAUCAUGAUCCAGCCGUACAUGCCGACGGUCAGCGCCACCAUCCAGUCCCAACUGCAGCUCCCACCUCCAGCUUGCAGCUUUCUGCCCCCAGCCUUCCUUUGCAUCUUGCGGGCAGGACACCAGAUUGGCACUAUAAGCCCCUUGUUCCAAAAACUGGAAAACGACCAGAUUGAAAGUUUGAAGCAGCGCUUUGGAGGGGGCCAGCUAGAGGAGUCUUUGGAGCUCAAGGCAAAAGCCACCCCAAAGCCAGCAGUUGUAGAGACUGUUCCAACAGCCGGGCCACAGCAGCUACAGGUGCUGGUGGAUGAAGUGACAAAGCAGGGCAACAUUGUGCGAGAACUGAAAGCGCAAAAGGCCGACAAGAACCAGGUGGCUGCAGAGGUAGCUAAACUUUUGGAGCUAAAAAAGCAGUUGGCUCUAGCGGAGGGGAAACCCCUUGAUCCCCCAAAAGGCAAGAAGAAAAAGUGAGAGAACAUGGUUCACUUUAAUGGAUCUGGAGAGUAAUAAAUAAAUGUACAAUCUCUAUUUACAAA